ACUCUUUACUUCUGCUGCUACUACUACUACUAAAAAAAGCCCCAUUCAAUUGUACAGUCUCAUUUCUCUCUCAAGGGUUUCCCGUUUUACUGCACAGUCGGUUCUUUGUUUUCGUUUUUCUUCUUUUUUCUCCCCUCCGCAACAGUAACGCUUCUUGCUUUUGGGCUCUUCGUUUCUCCUCUCAAUUCACGGCUCCGCAGAUUCAAAAUUCAUGUCUAAUCUAUACCAUCAGAACGUGAAUUUCUCUCCUGCCAGAGCUGUUUCCCCGCAUAUUGAUAGUCAGUACUUGACAGAGCUUUUAGCAGAGCGGCAGAAGCUUGCGCCCUUCACGCAAAUUCUUCCCGUAUGCAGUCGACUAUUGAAUCAAGAAAUUCUCAGAGUUUCUGGGAUGAUCCCCAACCAAGGAUUUAAUGACUUCGACCGAUUGCACCGUGGAAGCCCGAGACCUAUGGCGUCUCUUGACAUGAUGCAGGAUAUUGGAGGGAAAGGUUUAGGUGGCUGGAACAGCCUUCAACAGGAGAGACUCAGUGGACCACAAGGAAUGCCUAUUGAUUGGCAAGCAGCAUCAGGAAGCCCAAGUUCGUUAAUUGCAAAGAGGGUCUUGCGCUUGGAUAUACCAGUUGAUAGAUAUCCAAAUUACAACUUUGUUGGCAGACUUUUAGGCCCUCGUGGUAAUUCUUUGAAGCGAGUGGAGGCUUCUACUGGGUGCCGUGUAUUUAUUAGAGGAAAGGGCUCAAUAAAAGACCCUGACAAGGAGGAGAGCCUAAGGGGACGGCCAGGUUAUGAGCACCUAAAUGAUCCCCUGCAUGUUUUGGUUGAGGCAGAGCUACCAAUCAAUAUUGUUGAUUCACAGCUGAAACAAGCCAGGGAAAUUAUUGAAGAACUGCUCAAACCUGUGGAUGAGUCGCAGGACCUGUACAAGAGACAACAGCUUAGGGAGCUUGCUUUGCUGAACAACAGUUUCAGAGAAGAGAGCCCCCAACCAAGGGGCAGUUUAUCUCCUUUUGGCUCCACAGGAAUGAAGCGUGCUAAAACUGAUGCAUGAUAUCAUGACAGUGCCAACAAGUAAUCUACCAUCCUGGGUGCCGGGCUUUGUCGUGGAAAUAUGUUCGUCCUCUAUAUACCAACUGGCCAUGACCUCUCUUACUGAUUUGUUGACAGUAGUAGUUUGCAGUUGCUAAGCGUAGAAUGAUUAUUUGAUUUGUUUGUUCUUGACCUAUAGUUGAUAACUGUGGUUGGUUUGCUAUUCUUUUUCUUUUUCUUUUCUUUUCUUUUUAAGUGUAAUUUAUUCUGUCAUAUGUCAAAAAUAAGUUGGAUGUUAUGAAGCUUAUGGUGAAGGUUUUACUCAUAAGGUUGGUGGUGCUUUAUGUCAUAAACUCCUCUCUUGUACAAACUUUCAUACAAUAAUACAUAGUGCAUCCACUCUUUUAUAAAUUA